UUUCCCCGGAAGUGAGGGGCGUUCAAGGACCCACCACGACUGUGUUGUUUUUUUUUUUUUAAACCAGAACUCAGCGCCUACUGCUUGUUUUACUGGGGCGAAGAGAGGCGUUCGCUGAACGGUUUUUAAACGCAGUAGACGGUGGUAAAUCCCGGCACUGGAGCAGGUUUUCCAGUUCGAGUCAAUAGACCACUCCCCUCCUGUCAGGCAGCGGUUACAGAGGCGGCCAGGUUUCCACCCCUCCGCCGACUAGUGUAGCGGCGGCGGCAGCAGCAGCAGCAGCACAGCGGAGGGACUAAAAAUGCGGAAUGGCUCCUGUCGCUUCGGACACGCAGGUUUUGAAAGCGCCGUGGCUCGUUAAUGUAACGCUUUAGCGCGCUUUUGUUUUUUUCCACCUCCACGGGCCGCGGCUACUUCCUGGUGCCACAGCGAGAGGCAGUGCUGAGUUGAGCGAGAGAGAGAGAGAGAGCGGGGCCGGAGAUACCAGCGUUUUGGCUAGGAUUCACGGACAUUACAAAGGCCUUCCCUCUCUCUUUUUAUUUUUCUACUUUUUUUUUUUAUCACAUUCUCAGUCUGCCAUCUUAGUCUCUCCCCCCACCCCCGUCCUCUUUUCUCGUCUGCUUCGUACACCACCAGGCGGAUUGGAUGACGCUCGGCUGCGGUUAAUAGCGGAAUCGUAACGGGGGAACGGAUUCCUCCCUCGCCCGAGAAGCCUCUCAGACGAGAGAUUAUUUUCUUUUUUUUGGGUGGGGGGUUUAAAACACUCGAUUCAUUCCGUCAUCAUUUCUCAAGCCGGGUAUCGCUGUUGUUUUUUUGUUGUUUAUUUUUAUUUUUUUUACGUUUUUUUUUUUUUUUUUUUUUUUUUACUGGCGACGGAAGAUGGGUUGUUUGGGCAACAGCAAGACUGAAGACCAACGCAUCGACGAGAAGGCUCAGCGAGAGGCGAAUAAAAAGAUCGAGAAACAGUUGCAGAAGGAGAGACAAGCGUACAAAGCCACACACAGGCUCUUAUUGCUGGGCGCUGGAGAGUCUGGAAAAAGCACCAUUGUGAAGCAGAUGAAGAUUCUCCACGUCAACGGCUUCAACGCAGAGGAAAAGAAACAGAAGAUCCAGGACAUACGGAAAAACGUAAAGGAUGCCAUAGUGACAAUAGUGUCAGCGAUGAGCACUUUAAUACCCCCUGUCCCGCUUGCCAACCCAGAAGACCAAUUCAGAAUCGAGUACAUCAAGAGCAUAGCACCUCUCUCUGACUUUGACUAUUCGCAGGAGUUCUUUGACCAUGCAAAAAAGCUGUGGGACGACGAAGGGGUGAAAGCAUGCUUCGAGAGGUCCAACGAGUACCAGCUCAUCGACUGCGCACAAUAUUUCCUGGACAGAAUUGACUCUGUAAGACAGAGCGACUACACACCAACAGACCAGGACUUGCUACGCUGCAGAGUGUUAACUUCAGGGAUUUUUGAGACGAGGUUCCAAGUCGACAAAGUCAACUUUCACAUGUUCGAUGUUGGCGGCCAGAGGGAUGAGAGGAGAAAAUGGAUCCAGUGCUUUAACGACGUCACUGCCAUCAUCUUUGUGGUGGCCAGCAGCAGCUACAACAUGGUAAUAAGGGAAGACAACAACACCAACCGGCUACGGGAAGCCCUGGACCUUUUUCGCAGUAUUUGGAACAACAGGUGGUUACGCACCAUCUCCGUCAUUUUGUUCCUCAACAAGCAGGACAUGCUCGCCGAGAAGGUUUUAGCUGGAAAAUCCAAAAUUGAAGACUACUUCCCCGAAUAUGCUCGCUACACCAUACCAAAUGAAGGUGGGUGCUUUCUCACGCACACACACACGUCAUAUGUACUGUAUGUUAAUGUUCAAUCUGUCCACCUUCCAGCAAAUCCUGAACCCGGCGAGGACCCCAGAGUGACGAGAGCAAAGUUCUUCAUCCGAGACGAGUUUCUUCGGAUCAGCACGGCGAGCGGCGACGGCCGACAUUACUGCUACCCGCACUUCACCUGCGCCGUGGACACGGAGAACAUCCGGCGGGUGUUCAACGACUGCCGGGACAUCAUCCAGAGAAUGCACCUGCGGCAGUACGAACUCUUGUGAUGGGGGCGCCAUUCUGCAUCCUCAACCGCCAACCCUGACCUCCCCCUCCCCCCCGCCCCCCUCCACGGUCUCUACGCACCACCGCACCCUGCUGUCGAGGACAAUGAAGUACUACUGAAGUGUGUCAAAUCCUCUUCUCUGCUUUUCUUGAUUACUAUUAUUAUUGAUUUAUUUUAAUGUUUCCUUUUGAAGGCCUUGACUCGUCAUUCCACUAAGCUUCACGCUACCUCCUUUCUUUGCCCCCCACCCCUCCUCUUUUUGUUUUUUGCCUUGUCUUUGGACCUGAAGACACCCGCAGGAUGUGUGUGUGUGUGUGUGCGUGUGUGUGUGUGUGUGUGUGUGUGUGGUCGUGACUCCUCCCACUGGUCCUCCACCUGCCCAUGUGCGGAAAUACGGAUGAAGAGAUAAAUGCACUUUGGCAUCAACUUCCUUUUUUUUUGUUGUUGUUUUAACUACUUUGCUGGUUCUCCAGAGGAAGCGUACACACAAUGUAGCAUCGCGAUAUUUAUUACCCCCCCGUCACCACGCCGGUCUCGGGGCCGAGAGAGAUGAGAUGCGGGAGGUGCACGGCAGGAAGAAUUUUUUCAAAAGUGAAUGAAAAAGAGACUAAGCUGCGUGCACCUUUUAAACCCCCCCUCCCCCCCACUGACGCCUCCACGAACUCGGACCUCCUGCCGACCCUCCUAAACACACACACACACACACACACACACACACACACACACACACACACACACACACACACACAAUCCUUCUAGCGUACCUGGGAGAGGAGAGAAAAAUGUAGUUUUUUCUUUUUCUUCUGUUAACUUGUACACUGUGCAAGGUUGAAUUAUCCUGUACAGACUGUAAAAUGUAAUAUUAUUUUGUACAACUUAAUUGAAAGAAAAACACAUCUACUUGUAGAUCUUUGUGCCUUGAUUAUGGCUGUACCUGUAAAUGAGCUCAGAUGUAAGUAUGUUUUCGACUGCGCUGUACAGCUUGAUGUCAAACUCUACGGGCGGCAGAGGACUUUCUGCUGGCUUGGGGGACUUUCUCUGUAGAGUUUAGGGGGGUUUGGUUUUUUUUUGGUUUUUUUUUCUUUCUGUUUUAUAAAAAACAUGAAAACAAAAGAGGAAAAUGCUGUUUGUUAAAAAAAUGACAAAAAAAAAACACAAAAAAAAAUAGGGUAAUAAUCCUUCAAAACCUGUAUACAUUAUGCAAAUUAACCACUUACCUGCAGUGAGGACCAGAUGUUGCAGCGCCAUGCCUUUUACUUUCUUUUCAACUUUAUUGUUAAUACUCUUUAAUUUCACAGCUUUAACAAAAACAUUGGAAAUCCAUUGAAAGUGUCCAAAUUGCAACCUGGUGUUGUUUUGAAUAGGAACCAACUUUUUUUUUUCUUUCUGUUCUGAUGUGCGUGCGGGAUUGUUUUGCUGACGUGCGUGCCUGUGCACACGUGUACAUAAGACAACAAAGACUCACACAUGCAUUGUGUGUGCGUGCGCGUGUGUGAGGAGAGUGUGUGUAAAGAAUUUUAUAAAUGUAUGUACAUGUAAAUUUAUAGGUCUAUAUAAAUAUAUAUGUACAAUUAUACAUGUCGAAUUAUGUGUGUGCCUAAGUGUACAUACCUAUGUAUGUAUACGGUAAAUAUGUAUACAUACACACAUAGGAAAGCAUGUUUAGAUUGGAGAUGAAUAAAUGAGAGUGUGCAAUAUUAGUAAUCUUUUGGUCCUUGGGAGCCAUACGGGAUGGCACAGGCACUAAUGAAUGUGUGAGCAGCAGCCAACAAGACAAGCUCUUCUCCUUCUUGUACAAAACAGCAUCAGCCUUUUUUUCUGCUACAGAACACGUCUUAUCCCCCCUUACACUCCCACCCAAGGAAAAAAAAAAAAAUUACUAAAAGCGUGACCACAGAGUGACUGGAGGUGCCAAACACCUCGUUUGGGCCCGGGAGGAUGAUGAAAUGACAUUUUUAUUUUUCUUUAAAUAAAGAGGCACAUUAGAGGAUUUCAUUUGCUUCUUUUCC